AUGCAUGGUGCGUGCGAUGCUCUUUUUGUGUCCGUGGAGGGGGGCCUCAGUUACGAGGUUUUCCUGCUAGGCCUCACUGGACUGGAGCCUGACAUCCUUGGACGUCAUGUCGUACCAUCAGAAGCACUGCUGCGGACGUUGCCGAGACUGCGCGACAUGCUGGCACCCCGCAUCUUGGUCCGGGCCAAAAGCAUCCAAGAGUGGCUGCAGGGGCAGCUCCACGCAGAUGACUGCCCAUGCGCAGCUCAUGUGUGGUCUGCCUUGUUGGAUCGCUUGAAGGCACCUCUGCCACCAUGGGAUGAGGUGCAACAGAAAGUCCAAGACUUGCAGCAGCGCUUUCUUCGCCUGGCGCUGGGUGGUCGAGGAGCAGUUCCAUCAACAGACUCGCCACUGAUAGCUGCAGAGAUUGUGGGUUUGCUGAAUGCACUUGGGCUUCGACUUCCGGCGAAGGGCUCGAAGAUGUCCAUGGCGUCUGUUUCGCAGGGUGACUGGGACGUGGAAGACCUGAAGCGCACAGGCCUGGAUCCUGGCCUUGGGCUUCAAGCCCUGUCAAAUGGCAUCAAGGUUAUCGCGGGUUUGCAGCAGCUGCUGAGGGCACGUUAUCCUGGCUCCAUGGUGGGCUCGGUGGAGCUGGGGCGGCAGGAGGAGCUCCUGCUCUGUGCCUUCCGCGAUGCGCGUGGGCCGGGCGGAAGCCGUGCUGUGGCGCCCGUGUGGGAUGAGGACUCGCCAAGCGCCUUUGAGACACCUCAUUGCUCCCCAGUCUGUGCAGGUGCCUCGUCAGUCCCCGUGCCAUGCUCAACGGUGCAACUUUUCCGUGAGACGCAGUUCAAGGGCCGUCAAGACAAAGAAGGCCAGGCCUCUCAAGUCGCCCAAGUCAGCUCCCGCAGAGACUCCUGGACGUCAGCAUCCACUGGGAGACUUCCCAUGCCUUCCUGUUCCGAGUCGGUGCGCGCUGACGAGCUGCUCGAGCUGGAUGCUGAUUUCCUAAGCAGAGGCCAAGGACUCCAAGGACUCCAAGGACUGCCACCAAGCAAGCUGCAGCCACCAAGCUCCUGGCAGAGCAUUCUGUCUGGAAGAACAUCACGGUGGUCCUGCGGAGCAAGCAGCUGCGGCACAAGUCCAGGUAGCCUUGCGAGCUCGAGACGUCGAGGCAGCGAACCGCCAGGGCGGAAGUCAGAUGGAUUCGCAUCGACUCCCAGAGAGACCCCAAGAGUCCCAAGAGUUGGUGCCGCUCGCAGGGACUCGUACUUUGACCGCAUGCGAGCACGGGCGUCGCGGGCGAUAGCUUCGAAAUCGCCAGAUCCAGGCAUCACGGAGGCCGUCAAGCGAGCCCAGCACCGGGCUAGGAGGGCCCAGCAGCAGCAGGCUGAAAAGGAUGCAGCGGAUGCGCAAGCCCGUGCUGGUCCAACUGGCGAACUGGUGCCGCAUGCAACGGCCAGGCUAUUCAAACGCAGAGACGAACGGCUCCAGCGAUUCAUUCAGAGGCAGGAGACCGUAACAGGUGAGUCCGAAGUAUCCAGGCCAUGUCCAGCGCUUACAAGCAUGGAGUCUCCGCAACCUCUGCCGUCUCCGGAGCCGUGCCCCUGA